CAGAGCCGCCGGGCUCGGGCCCUUUUCUCUGCUGCCGUCCCCUGAGACCGCUGCCAGCCGCAGACCGCCAGGCGGCGCCGCCGCUGGGGAAAGGCCGCGGUCGGGCCCGCCCCGGCCAGGCCCAGCGAGCAGCGCGUGGGGAGGCGGCGCCGCGCAGCCAUGGCGGAGCAGGGCGUCCCCGAGAGUCCUCGGCCACCGGCGGGCGGGCGGAAGAUGUCCCUGCAGAGAUGUGAAACAUGUAGCAAAGAGGAAGCUAAGUACAGAUGUCCACGAUGCAUGAAGUACUCAUGCAGUCUGUUGUGUGUAAAGAAGCAUAAGCUUCUGCAGAGCUGUAAUGGAAUCAGAGAUAAAACAGCGUUUGUCUCUGUAAAUGAAUUUACUGACUUGAACCUUCUGAGUGAUUACCGUUUCCUGGAAGACGUCGGAAGGACAGCUGAUGCUGCUGCUCGACAUCCUAUUGUGCAUAGCCCAUCAACAAAAAAACUUCUAUAUUACUUGAGAAACAGAGCUCGGAAGUGUAAUAUUGACCUGAGAACGCUGCCUGUCGGGUUUACAAAGAGGAGAGAAAAUUCGACCACUUACAAUGACACGGAGAAAAAGUUCUACUGGCAUUUGAAGCUUGUGUUUCCUCACUGUCAUGCUGAAUACAUUUUAAAAAGGGUGCCUGAUGAUAAAGCACUUGCUGAUAUCCUUAAGCCGUACAUUGAUCCAGUGGAGUCAGAUCCUGUAAUUUGUCAAAGAUUAAAAAUGUAUACAAUGUCUCCUCAGUCAGAUGUACAAAUACUAAUGAAAAUAGAAAACAGGAGACAAAACUCUGUCAGGUACAAUGAACUGGAUGCUAGUAGAAGCCUCCUAGACAAUUUGAAAGGCAAAGUAAUAAUUGAGUAUCCAACUUUAUUUGUGGUCCUGAAAACGUUGAAGAAUGACAUGGUGGUUCUUGGCCAAGAUGCCAGUGAAUCUACAGAGAACUCGGACAGUGAAAGUUCAUCCCUUUCAUCUAUGGAAGAAGGGGAAAUUCGGGACAGUUCAUGACAGUCGUUUGAGAGGAGAGGGUGGAAUGAGUGGAGGUUUUUUUGUUUGUUUUGGGUUUUGUAUUAAAUCUUGUUUUGUACCACGGA